AUGAUGGACCUUUUUGAGACCAACACUUAUCUUUUCAGUGAUUUACGCUACUUGGAGGAAGGGGAUCAUGGACCACUACAGCACUUGGACAUGGCGGGGGUGUCCCCUCUGUACAACGGCAACGACAGCCCGCUGUCUCCGGGCCAGGAUAACGUUCCGUCCGAGACCGGCGGGGAGAGCAGCGGGGAGGAGCACGUCCUCGCGCCGCCGGGACUCCGCGCGCACUGCGAGGGCCAGUGCCUCAUGUGGGCCUGCAAGAUCUGCAAGAGAAAGUCGGCGCCCACUGACAGACGCAAGGCCGCCACGCUCAGGGAGAGGAGGAGGCUCAAGAAGAUCAACGAGGCCUUCGACGCGCUGAAGAGGAAGACCGUGGCCAACCCAAACCAGAGGCUACCCAAGGUGGAGAUUUUACGCAGCGCCAUCAGCUACAUUGAGAGAUUACAGGACCUGCUGCAAACGCUGGACGAGCAGGAGAAAAGCCAAAACGGAUCAUCCCAUAACUCUAAAGAACUCAGUGUGGCCAGUCAUGAGUACCACUGGAAGAAGUCGUCUGAGCCCUGGCCGACCUCUGCUGACCAUUCCACUGCAGCAAUGAUAGACCAGAGAGAAGGAACCAGUGAGUCCUCCGCAUCCUCCAGCCUCCUGCGUCUGUCCUCCAUCGUGGACAGCAUCACCAGCGACGAGAAGAUCAGCUUCAGCGGGGACGUGUCAGAGAACUGA